AUGUCAUUCAGCAACAUUGACAAUACUGAACGACAAACCAUAACUAAAGCACUUCAUCUUGUGGAAGAAAUACGAGAAAAGCUACAAGAAAGAAUUAAGUCAUCAGAAGAUCAAUUAAAAAAUUACGAUAUUUUGAUCGAACAAAAGAUUAAAGAAUACAAAGAUAUAAAUGAAAAGACACAAAUAGCUAAUGCCCGACUUGAUGUUGGACCAUCAUCGCCAUUGUUACCAACAGGUAACAGAUACGAACAACAUCGAGAAGAAGAGAAACAAUAUCGAGGGGAAGAAGAACAACAUUGGGAGGAGGAAGAACAACACCGGGAAGAAGAACAACAUCGGGAAGAGGAAGAGAAACAACAUCGAGGGGAAGAAGAACAACAUCGGGAGGAGGAAGAACAACACCGGGAAGAGGAAGAACAACACCGGGAAGAGGAAGAACAACACCGGGAAGAAGAACAACAUCGGGAAGAGGAAGAAGAAUAUGGGAAAGAAGAACAACAUCGGGAAGAGGAAGAACAACAUCAAAAGCAAGAAAACAUCAUCUUACCGUCAUCCGAUUUAUUUUAUGAUAUUUAUACGAGUGAUCAUGAGAAGGGAUCUGGUGAAGACCUUCUCACUAUCGCACCAUUAAAACAUAGCUACUUUUCUUCUACCCUUGAUUCAGAUGAAAACGCUUACACAAUAACUGAUGACGAAUCUGAUCAAGAAUUCUUAAAUAGUAAUAGAAAAUUCAUCGGUAGCUCACAAUUAAAUAUUAAUUACAGCUCUAAUUUCAAUUUUUUGAGUCCAACACACACUAACCAUUCAGAUAGUACUAACCAGUUCACUACGCCAUCAAUACAUAAAAAUAACGAUGCUGCUGCUCGUCAUUUGGAUCAUAAUCUAUCAAAUCACUUGAUUGAUCCAACUAAUUUCUCAUCUUCAAAUGAUACCGACUAUCAUAUUCAUACACCACCUCCAACAGUCAACAAUAUCGAUGAAUCUAUUAAUGCUCCCUUGAAUCACAAUUUAUCAAAAAAUUCAACAAAAAACAUAGUCAACCCAAUUUGUACAACCAAUCCUAUUUCCGUUGACCAAUCUACAAACACAAAAAUCCCAAUAAUAAAUGACAAUAAAUUCGAUGCUUCUGAUCUGUACCAACAACAACCUAAAAUCGUCAACCCUACUACUAUUGCUACUUCACUCACUUUUAACGAUAAUGAUAAUUCAAAACAAACUCAUCAAUCAUCCUUCUCUAUCGAUGGUGAUGAACAUGCGUCUCCGAUUUUAAACCAUCAAUCACCAAGUAUUAUUAAUGACAAUAAUUCAACUUCACCAAUGAAAACCCAUCAAUCAUCCUCUUCUAUCGAUGAUAAUCAUGUCCGCCAACCUCCAAUUUUAAACCAUCAAUCACCAAGUAUCAUUAACAAUAAUAGCUCAACUUCACCAACACAAACGAAUAAACCCACUUUUAUCGAUGAUAAUCAUACAUCUCCAACUUCUCCAAUUUUAAAUCGUCGACCUCCAAUUUUAAACAGCCAUCCAUUUUCCAUUGAUACUAACCGUGCAACAUCAAAGAUGAAAAUCAACAAACUAUCCAAAAACAUAAUCAAUCCACAUUCGAGUUUUAUUGAUAAUAGUACCGAUGACUAUGAUGACACAGAUCUACCAAUUGUUAUUAAAAAAGACCCAUUAUCAUUAAAUGAACUUGGAAGAACCAUCCAAACAUCAAUUUUUCAUCCUUCACCUUCAACAACUGAUGUUAGAGCAAAAACAAAAAUAAAGGAACCGUUAAGUAAAAACCCUAUUGUAAUCAUAGAUUUGGAAGAUGAAAAUAAUGGUGUUACUGGUAAAAUAGCAGAAUCUUCUUCAAAAAAAUCGACAUGUUCAAAUCCGAUCGUUAUCAAAUCAGACGACGAGGUUCCUGUUAAAGCUAGUGCUAGACGUAGCAAAGUAAAACGUAUUGUUGCCCCUGUUAAUAACAGAGUCGUCAAAAAACAUACAAUACCGGGAGAUAUAAUCUCCGACAAUAAAAGGCGCCGCUUAAGGAAAAAGGGCGCACAAUUUGAUGAGGAAGAAAAAUAA